AUGAAAUGUUUAAAAUGUGAUGAUAAAUGUGAAACAUGUUAUGGAACAUCUACAUAUUGUAUGAGUUGUUCUAAUGAUAAAUAUUUAAGAAAUGAUAAAACAUGUCAAUCAAAUGAAGAAUUAAAUGGAACAUGUUUACGAAUAUUAGCAGAUGGAAGUGGAUGUGGAAUAUGUAAUAAAGGAUAUUAUAGAAAUGGGAAAGGAUGUUCAAAAUGUGAAAAAGAAUGUUUAACAUGUAAUCAAAAAGAUAAAUGUAUAAUAUGUGGAGAAGGAUAUUUUAUGAGUUCAACAGGAAUAUGUAAAUCAACAACAACAAUUAAAGGAUGUAAAGGAGAAAUAGAUAAAGAAUAUGGAUGUAGAGAAUGUUUAACAGGAUAUUAUUUAAUAAAUAAAGAAUGUUCAAAAUGUGGAAAUAAAUGUAUAACAUGUUUAAAUGAGAAAGAAUGUAAUAAAUGUGAAGAAGAAUAUAUAAUAAUAAAUAAAGAAUGUAUUCAUUAUUCAAAUAUUAAUAAAUGUAAAGAAACAAAAAAUAAUAAAUGUUCAAAAUGUUCAUUUUGGUAUGGAAUCAAUGAAGAAGGAACAAAAUGUAAUAAAGAAAUUGUAUGGUGGAUGAUAAUGAUAAUUAUCAUCAUUAUACUUAUUAUCAUCAUUAUAAUAAUUAUAAUUAUAAUAAUAAUGAUUAAUUACAUUAUAAAACGCAAAGAAAAGAAAGAACAAGAGAAA